CCAUCAGUUUACGUUUAGUCGUGAGCGAGUUUGGUCUGGUUGUUUUCUAUCCGUUGGCAGCGCGUCUAAUAUUUUCUGGUCCAGUCUAUUGACACCCUAUUUUUGCCCUUUUAUUUCCUGCCCGAAGGAUAAACCGUUUUACUGGUUGGAUGAUCGAAAUUUUCGUGUUAUUUAAUCUGCAGUGCCGUAAAAUUGUGUUCAGUGUUUCAAAAUAUUCGCACGUGUUCGGAAAAUUUCAAGCCAAUUAAAAUCGGAAGGUGUUUUGUUUUUAUCGCAAGAAGGAGCACUCUGGCGAUAGGUUUCUAAUUUACCUAUUUUCGCACUAGCAGAAAAAAAAGAAUACAGUGAAAAGUUCAGCGAAGGAAAGCGAAGAAAUUGUGCGUGGUAUAAUACAGUAGAGUGCAAACGUGUGUGACACAAAUACCGCAAAGCACCGCCUGGGGUCUUCCGGAGUGCGGCCGGCUGCUUCUCACCGCGGGAGAGGCACAAGCAAGGUUGGAUUGUUGUUUGAUUGCAACCAAUUCGAAGCGAGAUUGCCGCAGCGAAAUAUCGGUGAAAGAAAAAAAAACAAGAAAGUCGACCCUGGGGGAGCCGAGAGAAGGUCGGCGCACCGGUGCGAUUCAGCCUUAACAAAAAAAAAAGCUGAUAAUAAUUUGUUGCAAUUUCGAAUAACAGGAAAGUUCUGUGGUGUUGGUGGUGCGUUUGUGACGGUUUCGUGACGAGCAGAUUAAAGUUCCGGAGGCACGUUGCCUACAGUACAAGCGGAGACACAAGCAGAAGUUAACAAAAAUGGCUUCCAUCCGAGGCGGCGGCGGUGCGAAGACUCUGUCGGCAGAGGAACGGGCCGAGAUGAGGGAAAAGUUCGAAGAAAUCGACACCAACAAAGACGGACUGAUUGAGCUGAAGGAACUGAAAGAUGCCCUGGAUCAGGUCGGCUUCAAACUGCCCGGUUACCAGGUCCGGUUGAUGAUUGACGAGUACAGCAACAAGCAACGGUCGCAGCACGUCGGCAAACUGUCCUACGAUGAGUUCGAAAACCUGUGCAUGGACCUGAAGGCGAAGGAUGUCGCCAGUACGUUCAAAACGGUCGUGUCGAAGAAGGAAAACCUGGAAACGCUCGGAGGUAUGUCGGAUUCGUCGGCAGCUGGUACGACGCACUCGGUUCGCGUCGAAGAACAGUUGGCCUUCAGUGAUUGGAUCAACUCGAAUCUGGGCUACGAUAUGGAUUUGAAACAUCUGCUGCCGCUGGAUGCGGAAGGUAAACAGCUGUACGACAAAAUUAAGGACGGUAUUUUGCUGUGCAAAAUUAUCAACCAUUCGUGCCCGGACACGAUCGACGAACGGGCGAUCAACAAGAAAAACCUCACCGUCUAUACCAAGUUCGAGAACUUGACACUGGCUCUGGUAUCGUCGCAGGCUAUCGGUUGCAACAUCGUCAAUAUCGAUGCUCACGAUUUGGCCAAAGGCAAACCACAUCUGGUGUUGGGGUUGCUCUGGCAAAUCAUCCGAAUCGGUCUGUUCAGCCACAUCACACUGGACAGUUGCCCGGGACUGGCCACGUUGCUUUCGGAUGGUGAACGUCUGGAAGAUUUGAUGAAGCUGUCGCCGGAGGCAAUUCUGCUACGGUGGGUCAAUCAUCACCUGGAGCGAGCGGGAAUCGCCCGACGUUGUACGAACUUCCAGAGUGACAUCUCCGAUUCCGAGGUAUACACUUACCUUCUGAAUCAAAUUGCCCCCAAGGAUGCCGGUGUCACCGUGGAAGCCCUUCGGGAACCGAAUGCCAUCAACCGGGCGGAAGUUAUGCUCCAACAGGCAGCCAAACUAAACUGCCGUUCGUUCGUUACCCCUCAGGACGUGGUGAACGGUGUGUACAAGCUGAACUUGGCUUUCGUGGCUAAUUUGUUCAACAACCAUCCGGGACUGGACCAACCGGAUGAAAUUGAAGGUCUCGAGGCGAUUGAGGAGACGCGCGAGGAAAAAACCUACCGCAACUGGAUGAAUUCGAUGGGCGUGAAGCCGCACGUCAACUGGCUCUACUCGGAUCUGGCCGACGGUAUCAUCAUCUUCCAGCUGUUCGACAUCAUUCAGCCGGGUAUUGUCAAUUGGAAAAAGGUGCACCAGAAGUUUACCCCGCUGCGAAAGUUCAUGGAGAAGUUGGAAAACUGCAACUACGCAGUUGAACUGGGCAAGCAGCUUAAAUUUUCCCUCGUUGGCAUUGCCGGGCAGGAUUUGAGUGACGGCAACGCCACUCUGACUCUCGCUCUGAUCUGGCAGCUGAUGCGUGCGUACACACUGUCCAUCCUGUCACGGUUGGCCAACACCGGCAAUCCAAUCAUCGAGAAGGAAAUCGUCCAGUGGGUCAAUUCGAAGCUGCAGAGUGCCGGCAAGAGUACGAGCCUGAAGAGCUUCCAGGACUCGAGCAUUUCCGACGGGAAGGUGGUUAUCGAUCUGAUCGACACCAUCAAACCUGGUAGCAUCAAUUACGACAACGUGAAAGCCGGCGGUAAUGCGGAGGAAAACCUGGAGAACGCCAAGUACGCCGUCUCGAUGGCCCGGAAGAUUGGUGCCCGCGUGUAUGCCCUGCCGGAGGACAUUGCCGAGGUCAAACCGAAGAUGAUUAUGACCGUGUUUGCGUGCCUGAUGGCCAUGGAUUACGUGCCGAACAUGGACAGUAUGAAAAAGAACGGUACAUCGGGUGCUGUGGUGGUGGCCGGUCCUGCCGUCGCUCCCCCAACGGAACAACCCCCGGCCAUUAAGGUUUCACCCGUCAAGGUCGAAGUGGUGGAAAACAUGGCGGCGGCGUCGGUACCCACGACGACGCUACUCACCAACGGCGGUAUUGCCACCAACGGCAACGGCGUAGGUGGCGAGGAGGAUGCGUCGGCGUUGGUCGAUGAGUUUGCCGAUUGAAGCCCCGGAGGUGGAUUGACGGCGACGGUGGCAGGGUAAGACAUGCGAUCCGGGCAUCGGCCGAGGUUAGUCAGAACGGAACGAGUAGUUAGGCACAUAGGAUGUUUAAUCAUGGUUUGUUUUAGAUGGAAUAUUGUUUCUGUGACAUAAUUUUUUUUUGGUUUAAUUUUGAUUGAUUUUUCGCAACAGCGAUGGAAGUAAAAAACACACUCUGUUCGAUGUUUUCUUGUGAAGAAAAUUCAUUCUAUAGCUCUAGUGUGGAACUGUGUAGUAAAAGGAAAACGCCAAUACAAGUUUUCCUUGAAAAACAAAAAAAAACAACAACAACAAAAGUAAUCUUUUCUUGUCCUGUAUUUAUGUAUUCUGUAGUAAGUUAAUCUUUGUAUCAUAUUAUUUUAUACACUUUAGAGCAUUAGGCGUUUAACGGAUUAACGAAUCAUUUUCCGACGUCCACCUUGACGACGGCUUGCUGAGAUCGGCAAAAUUAACAAAAUUAUACUAUUUGAUAAAUAUUGCUGAAGAAAAAAAUUGUUAUUUUUCGCAUACUUUUUUGUCAUAUUGCGCAUAAAUGAAGGUGAAAAGUUUUGUUAUAUUUUUUUUUUGCUUAAUCCAAUUAUAUGAUUUAAAUUAUUAGGCAAGAGUGUGCCAAAUUGAAUUGUACUUCCUUCUAUUUCUAUGGUUUGAGUGGCUCCUGAACGGUGGACAAAUCAGCGUGAAUGGCGUCGAAUGUAAGAAUUUGAAUGAUUUUUUUUCUCCCAACUCUAAUGUACACUUGUUAUGAUUACCAGCAUUAAAUUUAAACUAACAUUAAAAGUAUCUCAAAAUUAUUGGAAAGGAAUUGGCGUUCUUGGUGUAAGACGUAAAAAAAACAAAAAAUUUCGCAUUAUAGUUCUUUUUUCAGUUGCCAGAACGACAACCAGAAAACUAACAGAAGAUAAAAAAUCCGAGUUUAACGAAGAAUUAAUUCUCUUUUUCUUCGAUUGAUAUGUAUUCUGUGUAUAGUAAGAUAAUUUCCCUGGGCUUAUCCCAGCAAAUGAUGAAGUAAAUACUGAAUUUAACCGAAAUAAGCCAGCACCACCUACCACCACACCAUGUAAUCAGCACUAAGCAGCCUAGAUUACGUAGGGUUAGGGUUUAAGAUGCAAGCACAUACCGGUCGUAUCCGUAUCCGUUUAGAGUUGGAGAACAAAUAGAACAAUAGCAUUUUUUUUUCGAGUGACAUUUUUAAUCGGUAUCGGAAUUCAUUUCCUGGUACAAGACAUGGAUCAGGGAGAGUCGUUGUCGGAGCGAAGAGCAAGCCUACUAAUCCUAGGAUGGAAUUGAUUGCCCUGUGUGGAAGGAAGAUAAGCAGCUGGCAGUGUGUGUGUUUUUUUUGUUGUAGCUCCCGAUGACGACGCCAAACGAACAAUUGCGAGCGUACAUCCCAAAAAUCACAAUAAGCAACCGAGGCCGGGAUUUUUUUUACAAAAACCAUACAUAACCAGAAUCGUAUCGUAACACACAGUACAGUACUAUCAUAGAAGUAGUUAAGCAAGAAGGGCUGCGACAUGUUCAUCGAGAGUAAACAAUUAUUAAAGACAAACUGAAUUGAACUUGUUUAGGGCUAAUCACCGCAAUCACCGAUCAGUUGGUACUAAUAUAUAUCGGCAAGUAGAAUUACGUAUUCCAUUGCAUAUGAGCGAGAAUAAACAACAAAUGGUAAACAGUA